AUGUCCAACUCGCCCCCAGACUCUUCCUUUGCCGCCUCGGAAGCUCUGCACGAUCCAUCGUCACCCUCUCGACAUGAUUCAUCGCUAUUGUCCCAAGAUGUGCCGCCUGCGUGCGCCGACGACUCGUUCGAGUCGGAGCAGGCCAUGGAGAAGCACCCCAAAGGCAAGCGGAAACGCACCGCUGCCAAGGACAAGAUGAUCCUCGAAGAGGCGUACAAGGCGAAUCCCAAACCCGACAAGCAAGCGCGUCUCGACAUUGUGAACCGCGUUUCCCUCAACGAGAAGGAAGUUCAAAUUUGGUUCCAGAACCGCCGACAAAACGACAGACGAAAGUCGCGUCCACUUUCAACCCAAGAACUUGCCGCUCUUCGAUUCAAUGGCUUGCAUGGCGUCUCGACCGAUCCCAUGGCCGUUGCUGCUAGCGUAUCCAACGCACAAAUCCCGGCCACUCUGUCAGCACACGCGCCGGCGAACCCUCAGGCCGCCUCGCCGCUUCAAUCUUCUCCUCAGCCGGUCCCAUCCGCCACACAGCUGCUCGCAGCUACUCCCAGAGCUUCUGGGCCCGCAGAACCUCAAUUGCCAGAGACGACGCCCCAAAAUCGAGACCUCUCCUCCUCUCAGGGCAGCCACGACGGGCCAUCUUCAGUUACCCACUCGUUUUCCAGCUCUGUGGGCUAUCUUGCCAACAGAUGGAACAUUGGCAGCUCAUUGUCCACCCCCGCCGGACAAACUCGUGAUGCUGAUGAUUCCCCAAGGCUUUUCGCCCCGUCAUCUUGCGUCUCUGAUACGACUCACAAUGCCAGCCAACGGCAGAGCCAAUCGAACGUACGACUCUCGUUGUCUUUGGAAGGAAAAGCCGAGCUCGUUGAUAACGCGCCCUCCCCGACGCGUCCCUCGCCGCAAAAAUACUCUUCUGGGCUGGAAUUCCCCCGACAGCGCGGCCUGAAGCGAAGCUACAGCGCCCUGCCCACCGUGACUCUUCCGCCUAUUUCUACCUUGACCAGCUUUUUGCCGCCUCGUCUUGGCCGUGGCCGCUCACGAGAUGUGCAAGCUUGGCAAUCGUGUGCUGACGCGGAAACGCGGGAUGAGUUGACGGCUCAUGCCGAGCACGAAUCUAAUGGAUCUGCUGUAGCUGCUAUUAGCCUCCUCCGCUCCACGAGCGGUGUGCUGCAGUCGAGCACCUCGAGACGCAACACGCCCGUGACUACGCCUCGCGAGGGGCACUACGCCAAAAAGGCCAAGUUUAGCCGCACCACCUCGAGCGUCGGCCGCCUGGAGCACACGGGCAAGGAGAAUGAGGAUUCGUUCUUCAAGGGCGAUGGCAAGGUCAAGGUCAGCAUGUUGAUGUCGCCGACCGAUUCGGACAAGGAAAACUGGAGCCCCGACGAGGACGGGAAUGCGACCGGAGCGGGUGCCCGCCGGCCGUUGCCGGCCGUGUCGACCAAGCCCAAGAACCCUCGACGUCUUGGCCGUGGCGUGUUGCAGAGCCGCAGCCCCGGCAAGCUGGGCAGCCGCGCCAACACGGCCCCGUCGCGGCCGCGCGGUAUGAAGGACAGCGUCGAUAUUUUCGAGGAUGAGGCCACCCGUGUCUCGCGCGAUGCCGAUGUCGAGAAGUUUAUGCGAGGUGAAGUGAGCCCCAGCAAGAAGCCAGACAUGGACUGUGUUGCGGGCUUGCUCUCGCUCAGCCAAGGUGCUUGGAGAUGA